UCUGAAAGGACGCAAGCCGCCUUCAAGUACGCCGCAAGCUGUGGGCGGCGGCACCCUGCGCCUGAUGACCUGGUGCGGCUCCAGGCGUCACCCCUGCCCAAACAGUGCCUCCGCGACUCCGCCCCCUUGCUCGAGAAGGGAGGGCGCAAGCUCACCGUCGAUGAUGUCAUUGCCAUCAUGGAUUUGCUGCGAUACCAGGUCGGUGCCCCCUUGGAUCUUCAGUUCAGCUUGCGGCCAAGCGGAAGAGAGCUACUUGUCUACUGCCGGGACCUCAAGGCUGAUGAAGGGAGACUAGACAUUUCCAACACCCCAAGCUCCGAUGGCUUCAAAAUGUUCACCAUCAAUGUCGAGCGUCAUGGAGACCACUUCGCGGCCCUGCGGUCUCCUCACGAGCACAGAUCCAUGAUCUCAUCCUGUUUGCAGAAAGUCGUGAAAACCGCCAAAGCACACUUCGGCUCUGCGGUCAUGAUCUGUUCUGGCGAUGCCUGCGAAUACACUGGGUCUCUCAGGAUGAGGCUCCACGACAUGAUCCACGGCUUCUAUCUCAAAGUCUUCGCCAUGCUGCCCUCUACGUGGCUCCACCUCAUCCCCCACAUCCUAUUUGCUGGCCACUGCUAUGGCCCCAUGGACCCUGUCUCCAACAUCAUCAUCAACUCCAUUUGCCACCACAUACUGCGCCCGCUCCCAUCGUCAGCUGACUGCAAAGUAGAGGUGUAUGACAUCCUCGACACCCUCUCUAUGCUUCGUGUGGAGGUCCGUUCCUUGGAAGGCCUCAUUGCCCUCGUCCGAGCAAGCUCCGAGUCCCAAUGCUCGACGCAGUGGGCGAUGGAGCACCUCUCCUGCAAACGCUGUGACCUGUCCCAGGAGACGCACACCUCGCUGCAGUUUGCUGACGCAGCCGCAGCCGCUCGACACCCACAACAUGCUGAGCUGGGAUCAUUCUUCGCUUCCCUGGCGCCCGACAGGCUCAUUGACCUGCGGCUCUUGCUGGCCACUAGCGCCGAUGGCAGGAUCUCCUCUGAGUCUCUUGGGGAAAUAAUAUCCACUCUCAAACAAAGUGCACUGCUGUUGGUGGCUCCCGUAUCUCCCAAUGCGGCUGAACUGUGCAACGAGGCUAAGGAGACUCUGCUACAGAAG